UCCCCACCGGUCUCCUUCAAUCCUCCUGGGGGUCGCGGUCCCUUUAAGUUGCCCGGCGCGGAGGUGGGGCCGAGCUUCUCGAACCGGAAGCUGAGUGGGCGCGUCACUUCCUCCCGGAAGUGGGUCUGGGCGGAUGUCUCCGGCGCGUCCGUGCAGGGGGCUGAGGGCCGCGGUGGCUGCCAGCAUGGGGUUGAGCGAGGGGCCGGCGGGCUCCGCCCGGAGCGGGCGUCUCCUCCGCCCGCCGAGCCCCGCUCCGGCAGCGCCGGGGGCCCGGCUGUUGCGGCUCCCAGGGAGCGGGGCCGUGCGGGCCGCAAGCCCGGAGCGCGCCGGCUGGACCGAGGCACUGCGGGCCGCCGUGGCCGAGCUGCGCGCCGGCGCCGUGGUGGCCGUUCCCACCGAUACGCUGUACGGCCUGGCCUGCUCCGCGAGCUGCUCAGAAGCACUGGGCGCCGUGUACCUCGCCAAGGGCCGCAGCGAGACCAAGCCGCUGGCCGUAUGCCUGGGCCGCGUGGCCGACGUCUACAGGUACUGCCAUGUGAGAGUACCUGAGGGGCUCCUGAACGACCUGUUGCCAGGACCAGUGACCCUGGUGAUGGAACGCUCAGAAGAGCUCAACAAGGACCUGAACCCCUUCACUCCCCUUGUAGGCGUCCGGAUUCCCGACCAUGCCUUCAUGCAGGAUUUGGCCCAGGUGUUUGGGGGACCACUUGCCCUCACCAGCGCCAACCUCAGCUCCCAGGCCAGCUCUCUGAAUGUCCAGGAAUUUGAGGACCUCUGGCCUCACUUGUCUUUGGUCAUUGAUGGGGGACCAAUUGGGGAUGGCCAGAGCCCUGAGUGCCGAUUAGGGUCAACGGUUGUUGACUUGUCUGUGCCUGGAAAGUUUGGCAUCAUUCGUCCGGGUUGCGCCCUGGAAAGUACUACAGUCAUCCUCCAGAAGUAUGGGCUGUUUCCCUCACACAGAUCCUGCUCGUGAAACUCCAGAAGAGGGAGGGCCCAAGGACGGGUGCUGGACACUAUGUGUCUGUCCGCUGGUGGCUGGCAAGGCCUUAUUUACAGAGGCCGCUGGGGCUACAGUGUUAACGAGUCUGACCUUUUAAGGCAAAGUUUCUUUCUGAACACUGUCAGCCAGGCCUAGAAGCUACUGGUUAAGCCUCACACAUCACUGAGGAGGUUAUUUAUCUAUAAUUUCAUAUUACCAGCUAAAAGCUGAAUGGAGAUUUUAAGAACAUUCCUAGUAUGGCCUUGUUUCUUGUUUCUUCAGAUUUUUGAAAAAUAAAAUAACAGAUUUGGAAUCUAGUGAGAGCCUCUUCUCUGGGUGGUGGCAUUUAAGGUCCAAAUCAGCUAAGGUAGCAGCUGGUGCUUUUUUAGAAGUCUUUUACGUGAACCAGAGGCAUGAGUUUGUGCUCCUGAAGCCGGAAGCAGGUUAGGAUAAAAAUUGUAGGACUUCCCUUUGGGGCUCAGCGGUUAACGAACCCGACUAGGAUCCAUGAGGAUGUGGGUUCGAUCCCUGGCCUCGCUUGAGGAUGUGGAGUUGGUGUGAGCUGCAGAGGAGGUCAAAAAUGCAGCUCGGAUCUGGCAUGGCUGUGGCUGUGGCGUGGGCCGGCGGCUACAGCUCCAAUUCGACCCCUAGCCUGGGAACCUCCGUGUGCCAUGAGUGUAGCCCUAAAAACCAAGAAAGAAAAAAAAAUUCUAGAGCCACAAGCCAAACACUGCCUGUGCUAUAAUUGCCUGGCCCGAAGUCGUCGUCUUGUUUUAAUGGUGUGGCGUAAGCUCAGUUGGUGUGCGUGGGAGGGGUCCAAAUUAAAGAAUAUUGGUAAAUCUCUGCUAGCCUUUUCAGCCACUUUUCUUAUUUAUUAAUAAUAAAUCACAGUAAAUUAUACCUGUAACACCUUUAUUUAAAUCCAGUGUCAGAAGCCUUCAUCUUUAUUCAUAUGUAUACCAUUACUGUUGGGCAUUUAAACUUUAUUGUUUCUUUAAUAGAAAAUAAUGCUGCUAUUAAACAUCUUUGUAAAUGC